AUGUCGCACCACGACCAUACACUCUCCUCCGGCCCCGCAUCACCCGAACUACCUCCUCUUCCCGCACCAGAUCCGAUUACAGGACGUCUCGACCCCAAUGACCCGGCCGUGCGGGCGAGCUUGGAGGCGGCAUUGAACAUGGAUAAGAGCAAAAUACCAAGGCCGUACAAGUGUCCGCUUUGUGAUAGGGCGUUCUACAGGUUGGAACAUCAGACCCGGCAUAUCCGAACACACACAGGCGAAAAGCCUCACGCGUGCAACCACCCCGGAUGCGAUAAGCGAUUUUCUCGGUCGGAUGAACUCACCCGACACGCAAGAAUACACUUGCCGCAGGCGCAGGAUAUGAAUGGGAAGAGCAAGUUGCGAGAAGACGAGGAGGACGACCAACGACGACACUCUAUGAGCCACCUCGGCCCGUCGUACAAUAUGGACUUUGACCGAGAAUACGCCAAUAAUCCCUACACCCUCCCGAUCAACGUCACGAACGCCGCCGGUAUGAACGGGAUGAACGAUAUCUCUGCCCUGGCCGCUGCCGCCUCGGACCAGCUGUACGAACUUGAGCGACACGAGGCGUUCCGGCGCGCAGAGUACGAGCUCCGUCAUCGUCAGAUCGCCUCGGCGCGGAAAUCAAACGGGAAUAGCCCGAGCGCUACGCCCAACGGCGGUUUUGCCUCGUCGUCCGCACCAGCCGCAUCGGCAUCCCAGGGACCGUACGGCUUUAGCGCGGAACGGCCGUCCUUCACCGGCAUCCCCUCUUCAAAUGGUGGUCAGAUCGUCUACCCCACGUCGGCAGCGCAACCCGCAACCGCUGGCCACCCCGCUGUCCCCGCCGGAACGCUCGCAGACCCAACCUACCUCAUUCCCCCAACGUGCUGCCACGAAGAGUGCCACAAGAGCUAUCGGAAACGGCUCAAGUACGCCAAGCAGACCCAGGCGUGUCCUGUCUGCUUGACGCCGGCGCAGUCGGGCGCUCAAGCCAACGGGCACGGGAAUGGGCACGGCGGUGUGGGCGGACAAGGAGGUAGCGGAGGAGGUAGCCAUCAGUCCAGCAACUCCAACACCCCCAAAGACCGCUCGGGUCAGAACUCGUCGGAUGAUCUCGCCAAGAUGGGCGGGAACGGCGGCGGUUCGCACUCGGGUCCUGGCGGGAACGCAUUCUCGCAGCACCACCACAACCUCUCGCAGCAGCUUGCGCGACUCCAGCAGCAGCACGCCAUGUCGCUCUCCAAGCAGCAGUCUGGGGGCCGUCAACCCAUCGGGGUUGGCGCUGGCCCUCAGGCGUCCAACCGGAAUCUCAAGCCGUACACACUCGACUUGCAUCAGCACCGCGGUCUCGUUCCCGCUUCGGCCCAUCCCUCGGCGCCGAACAGCCCAACAUUUAGCGACUCGUCCGAUGACGAGGAGCCUAUGCCCAUCACGGCAGAGGCAGUGCACCCGCACAGCCCGGUGCUGGGCGGUAUGCGGAACAUGAGCCUCUGGCAAAAGAGCAUGACGGCGCCGGCAUCGGUGGUGACUUCCCCUCAGGCAUCGCGCGGUCCUAGCCGAGCUGGGUCACCGGUCGAGGGCCACUCUGCUACUUCCGGCAAGCACGGACACGGUUCGCACUCUGCGCGGGACGCUAAAAACCGGACACACCCUUACACCAGCGCUGGCCACUCGCACCUCCACAACUCGCACGGCCAGCAUUACAGCAGCACCACGCCCAACUCCCCUCACUUCCACGCGCAGAAGACGCGAAUGUCCCCGCCCAAGAUGCACCGCACGCUUUCGGGCGGUCAUUCCCAGGCGCACCCUCACCGCCACAGUGUUGAGGAUAUCCUCAAUGCGUCUGGACUCCCGCACCCUUCGUCCCACUCGGACCGGACCCUCCCCGUCCCGCACUCGUCGGGCUACCACUCUUCCGGCGGCGUCCCCGGCGCCAGCUUCAGCAUGUCUAGCCAGUCCACUUCGGCGCACAACUCCCCCUCGACCAGCCGACAAGGUUCGCCCCCACAUUCGCACAUGCAGCAGCAACAGUCGUACCAGCCGCAUGCGCACUCGAAUCUUGCGCACUCGCUGCACAAGGCGUUUGGGAUGACGCCCAUCGGGGUCGGAGUGGGGAUGGGCGGAUUGGCGGGGCAGAAAGCCGCGCAGGCGAUGGGUCCGACGCCUCCGCACAAGCUCGCGCCGCUUAGCGGGUCGGAUAGGGAUCGAUUCGGUGCCGGCGGGCAGGAACAUCUGCCGAGUUUGAGCAGGGGAGGGAGUCCGGUCAUGAUGGGGAUGGAGGUGGAUGGGCAGGCUUAA